AGCCGUAGAAGCUCGAUUUCCAGCAUCAGUUUCAAGUGUGCAGCCGAAUACGCUAGAUACAUUUCACCAUGAAGUACGCUCUGAUCCUUGCCGUGUGCUUCGGCCUUGUUGCGGUAAGAUAUAGCUCGGUCCCGUUUCGUGCUAGAGGUUUUGAAACUCUCCGUCGAUCUACAGGUUUCCUAGCAUCGCCGGCUCCCCAGCUGUUUAGCGGCCUCUUCUCGACUCUGUUCAGCUCGUUUGCCACGACUUUCGGCACUCUGGUAUCGAACGUGCAAACAUCUCUGAACAGUACCAUUUCGACGAUUGGCACUCUUCUUGGCAACAUAACCACGAAUGUCGGAACGGCUGUGACGAACAUUGGAACGACCCUGAACACCACCCUGACGACGGCCCUGUCGAAUGCCAACGCCACCCUGGUUGCGGCCCAAACUGCCCUGGUCAGCGCAGCCAACACCACCGUCACGAACCUGUCCACUGCCCUGCAGACUCGCCUCAGCACGGCCGUUACCAAUUUGAACACCCUGGUUGGAACCCUGAACACGACCCUUACCGGAAUUAUCACCAACGGAACGACCGUGGCCACUAAUGCCGCUACCACGCUGAACAACAUUACCAGCGCGGUCAACACGGCCAUCGCGAACGUAACGUCGGUUCUGUCCACGGCUGCGAGCACCACCGCGACCACCGGAACCGGUCUGUUUGGUUCCAUCGGAACGCUGAUUGGAUCCAUCUUUUCUAUUUUCGGAUAAGUAUAAGAUGGAAAAGUUAAGUUUUUUUGAGUUUAUGUAAUAAACAGUCUUUUUGCAAAGUUCAAUUCG